AUGGGCAGCCACAUGGAAGAGGACAUUCUUGAAAAGGAUUUCAGGAUGUUAACAUCUCUAGGGUGUGGUUCAUUCGGGGAGGUGAAGCUGGCCUGCCACCUUCCCACACAUACACGAGUGGCUGUCAAGGUCCUUGAGAAAAACACCAACAGUGUGGCUGACAUCAGUACUGAAGUGAACAUCCUUCAGUCACUGGAACACAGGAACAUCGUUCGAUUUUUUGACAUGAUCGACACACUGUCAACCACUUACGUGAUUAUGGAGUAUGUGGCAGGAGAAGAUCUGGAGAGCUGCCUCAGGGCACUGGGCUGUCUAAAGGAGGAGGAGGCUAGAGGGAUUUUCCGGCAGGUGGUGUCAGCGGUUCACUUCCUCCACCAGAGACACAUCGCACACCGUGAUAUUAAAUUGGAAAACAUCCUAGUCGAUGCAGCAGGAAAUGCAAAGCUUUGUGACUUUGGGAUGGCGAUUGAAAUCACAGAGGGGCAGAUGUUGCAGGAGAUCUGUGGCUCCUUGCUCUAUUGGGCCCCAGAGAUCUUGGCAAGAAAGCCCUAUGAUGGACUGGCAGGUGAUAUGUGGAGCUUGGGUAUCGUUCUAUAUGUCUUGGUCACAGGGCACUUUCCAUACAUGGAAGAAACCCUUGAUGGUAUGCACAGACUCAUCACCACCACAAUGUGUCCCAUUCCCUACCAUCUGUCCAAACCCUGUCACAUCAUCAUUGCCCGACUACUCAUGGUCCCCACCUGGUACCGAUUCACAAUCUCUCAGCUUGUGGAACAACCAUGGCUGGGCCCCAUUCAACAACAUGUACUGCCUGCCACCAAAGAAAUCCUGCCCAGGGUCGUGGAGACUAUGUGCACCAUCGGCUAUACCUGUGAGGAGAUUGUGUCAUCCCUAACUCACAGGCGAGAAGAUAAUCGUGUAAUGGCUACGUGCAACAUUCUCAAAUAUCAGCUGAGUUGUGGGGACAGCCAUCUUCAAGAUCAGGUGCCCUGGCUAACUAGCAGCCCAGCAGAUCCUGUUCGCCUCCCUCUCCCCUUGAAGAGAGCCAGUGAUCCAGCAUUUACAACCAGUACACAUGCUGGGAAGGGUCACUUUAAGGAGGAGGGUGUGGAAGAAAGAGGCAAAAGAUGCAGAAGCUACACCAUGCCUCACAGACUCUCCUUCCUGGAGGCGAUGCCCGGUUCAGACAACACAGUCCCAGAAAGAGAUGCUCUUGUGGCUGAUGUCAUCAACACUCCUGCAGAGGACAUUGCAGUCAACAGGAAUUCUGUUGACCCCCUACCUGGCAAUCUCUCCUCCCCUGAAUCAGUCUUGGAUGCAACACCCACAGUAUUUCUCAACCUGGGCUUCUGUGAAGAAGAUUCAUCCCAGGAGCCAGACAUUCCCAGUGACCAGCCCCAGGUGGCACCCACAACAUCUGGAUCCAGGCCAUUCAGGGUCUGGGAACUGGUGAGGAAGCAAAUUCCCUAUGCACUGAGAGCACUGUGCUGCUGCCUGCCCACCCGAAGGUGA